AUGAAAGGAGAAAAUAAAGCAACAGUCUGUGUUAAAGAUGAAGAGAAUUUAUAUUCAAAUUGUGAUGGGCUGCCAACGGAAGCAGAGUUUGAUAAGAGUGUGGAAACAUAUCAAACGACAUUUUUGGGCAAAUUAAUUCUUAUAAUGCGAUCUGAACUACCACUGAUAUCACUUAUUAUACUCUGUUAUGGAUGUAUUGUAUUUACGUAUACAUUUAUGAAAGAUUUUAGAAAUGUCAUAACAGAAACAGUUUUGAAUAAACAAGCCAAUAAUUGGUUUAAAUUAAUUGUGUUUUUUACAUUAAUUUAUAUUACUGGCUAUACUGAAGGACUUAAUGAGAGAUAUACAAUCUCAAAUGGUAUAAAAGUUUAUGUUUUACAUUCUUGUGGAUUUUUAUUCAUUUUGAGUAUGUUAGUCUUAGCAAAGGAUUAUUUUUGGUUUCAAUCCGGAUGGGCUGAGUUUAUUACUAUCGGAAGUACGUUUAGUUUGAGGGGUUUGGAUUUUCUUGGAACUGUGUUAUUGAUGGUUAAUCAUUUCGUUUUAUCGAUUUAUUUUGUUGCUUGUGAAGCUAUAGGUAGUUUGUUAAUGACUACCCUUUACAUAGGCUUUUUAGGUUCAAUAAUUCCAUUUAAGGUAUUUAAAAGAUACUUAAGAGUGUUAAUAUUAUCAAUUAAUGUAUUUUCUAUUUUUACUGGGUAUUUUGUCAAAAAAGCACUUCAAAACAUUGUUAAUUCUAAACAAAAGGAUUACACAUAUGUUUAUGUUGGUGUAUUGGGCAUUCUUUUGAUUGGCGCCCCAUACAAAAAACUAACUAGCUAA